GGGCACUUUCGCAACAAUCAACCGCCUGGACACUUCUUGUGCACCCGUACCUUGCAUUGUGUUUGCCCACGCCGUGCCAUCGCUGGAUUCAGGACCAUCAAUCGCUCAGUUUGCAGUCGCCACACCUGGCCAACGAGGCCCAUUCUCAACAGAACUCGUCAUAGACCACGACGAUGUCGCUUUUUCGCCGAGCACAACGAUAACGCCCAACACCGACCACAAUCCGUCCUGCGAGUGACUUAUCACCGCCAUGGCCAUGCGCGGGCCACAACUCGCGUGUCGCGCCUGGGACAGUCUUGGGAACGGUGCCCUGUUUACUCACAGAAUACGGAGCGAAGUCGCCAACCGAGCAAUUCACACCCGGACGACAACAUCCGCCUUCCACAGGACGAGCAUAGCACAGCAAUUGCGAUGUCUGUCCAUCCAGCGCAGCACACAGCCUGCAAGGCUGACAACGACAUCUCUGAUCUCGCAGACGGCACGCAUACAUCCCGCCCGGUCUUUACGGACGACGCCUUCACAAAAUGAGUCUCUGAACGUGGUUCAGCAUGGCAAUAAAGAGACAGCGUACAAGAACACGAUCAAUAAGAAGAGCAGUGAUCCUACUGAAGUCGAGGAGGAGGAUGAAUCUGUGACUUUCAAGAAGUCUGCAAAAGCUGCACAGGCGUCACAAAUUAAUCUCAGCGCCAAAUUGUCGAGUUACGGCAAAGAUGGUGAGGGAAAGACCGGUGGCUCACGAGGCGAGGUCUGGAGAUUGCUCAGGAUUGCCAAACCGGAAGUCAAGUCGCUGAGCAUCGCAUUCGUUUUGCUCUUGAUAAGCAGCGGUGUUACCAUGGCAGUCCCCUUCAGUAUUGGCAAGAUCUUGGACUCAGCGACCCAGGAAGAAGGCAUUGUUUUUGGCCUCAAACUGGAACACUUUGUUGGUGCCAUGGCCGCGAUCCUCAUGACGGGUGCCGCGGCGAACUACGGUCGUAUCGUGAUCCUACGUAUCGUCGGCGAGCGUGUUGUUACGAAAUUGCGAAGCUCGCUUUUCCGACGUACGUUUGUGCAAAAUGCCGAAUUCUUCGAUGCCAAUCGCGUGGGAGAUUUGAUCAGCAGAUUGGGUAGCGAUACUAUCAUUGUUGGCAAGUCAAUCACCCAGAACGUUUCGGAUGGACUGCGAUCGAUUGUUUCAGCUACAGCGGCGCUCACCAUGAUGGCUUACAUGAGCGUCAAGUUGAUGGGAGUGCUCGCGAUUGCAUUCCCGCCAGUGGCCAUUGGUGCCUUCUUGUACGGACGAGCGAUUCGAAAUUUGUCAAGAAGAAUACAAAAGAAUUUGGGAACACUGACCAAGAUUGCGGAAGAACGAUUGGGCAACGUACGGACCAGCCAGGCUUUUGCUGGAGAGUUGCAGGAAGUCAAUCGCUAUAACACGCAAGUGCGAAAGAUCUUUGGACUGGGGCGGAAGGAGGCAUUCAUUUCAGCAGCCUUCUUCUCGGCUUCUGGUUUUAUGGGCAAUGCUACUUUCCUGGCGCUGUUGUAUAUCGGCAGUGGUAUGGUGAGGCAAGGCGCGAUGAGUGUUGGUGACUUGACGACCUUCUUGAUGUACACCGGCUACGCAGGUAGCAGUGUGUUUGGUCUGUCGAGCUUUUACUCCGAGCUGAUGAAGGGCGUGGGAGCGGCGAGUCGACUUUUUGAGCUUCAAGACCGUGAGCCGACGAUCAGCCCGACGAAAGGUGACAUGGUGCGCAGUGCUCGCGGCAUGAUCGAGUUCAAGGAUGUCGCAUUCGCAUAUCCAACUCGACCAGCAGUUUCCAUCUUCGAGGGCCUGAACUUUCAGAUUCCUCAGGGAAGCAAUGUCGCCAUUGUCGCGCCGUCAGGAGCUGGCAAGUCCACCGUUGCCAGCCUGAUCAUGCGUUUCUACUCGCCUACAAGGGGAACUAUUACCAUCGCUGGCCGAGACAUCAACACACUUAAUGCCAAGCAACUGCGACGCAAGAUUGGAUACGUGGGACAGGAGCCAGUACUAUUCUCCGGAACGAUUGCGGAAAAUAUCGCAUACGGCAGGCCGUUGGCCUCGAGGGCUGAAAUUGUUGCAGCUGCGCGUCAAGCCAAUUGCAACUUUAUCAGCGACUUUCCCGACGGCCUUGAAACGUUCUGUGGUGCACGCGGCACGCAACUCUCUGGUGGUCAGAAGCAACGCAUCGCCAUCGCUCGUGCUUUGUUGAAGAAGCCUGACAUCCUCAUCUUGGACGAGGCAACUUCAGCUUUGGACGCCGAAUCCGAGACACUCGUCAACGAAGCUCUUCAAUCCCUGCUACGAGGCGACAAUACGACCAUUUCCAUCGCUCAUAGGCUGUCCACGAUUCAACGCUCAGACACCAUCAUCUGCAUUGGAUCUGAUGGCAAAGUAGCUCAGAUGGGCUCUUACCGCGAGCUCGCGGCCGACAAGAACGGAGCUUUCGCGAAAUUGAUGGAAUGGCAAAUGAGUGGCCCACCCAAGCGCAAGGAAGAAGCCGAGGGUCAUGAGGAAUUAACUGAAGAGGAGCGCAUGAGAUUGAGAAUGCAAGAACACGACAAAGAGAAAGGCAGAGAAACACCAGAGGAAGAAGAGGAGAGAGAGCGCAGCAGUGAGGAAGAGGCUGAGUGGGAGAAGGUGAAAGUCAAGGAUGGCAAUCAGUCUGCUGCGGAGAAUCCAGUCGAGAAGGCUGGACUGAGAGAUGGUGGUUUCUCGCAUCGCAAAGGGUAUGGGAAUGAGUAAGACCCAAUUAAGAUGCGGUGAGCAUUAAAGAAAAUGAGGGGCGGGAAGUCUUGGGUGGCAUUAUCAGAGAUACCUCUUUGCUCUCGGAUCAGACGGGGAUGGUGGUGCGGCGUGCAUGAUCCGAUGUGAUCACCUUUUGUUAGAAUCGUUGUACAAAGACACAAAUCAAGAACUACACUUUCAUCGUAGAGCAAAG